CGCCGUCGUAUACAUCACCUUCUUUGCCUCCGACAGCCGCUAUCUCCACCGAUUGAGCUCCUUUCAGUGAACAUCCUAAUGUUACUUAAGGUUAUCCGGAAUCCAAAUAGAAGAACCAAUUUGGUCUUUUUGCCGUCAGUAAGAAAAUAUUUCUCCACUUCCAGCCGAGCUGGAGUUGAUGUGGCUUCCAAAGAUGGGGAAAUGAGGAUAUUUUUAGUUGCAGGGGAGGUUUCGGGAGAUGCUAUUGGUUCUCGUUUGAUAGCUGCACUGAAGAAGCUUUCACCAUACCCUAUACGUAUUGCUGGUGUUGGAGGAUCUAUGAUGGCAAAGAAUGGACUGAAGUCCCUUUUCCCCAUGGAAGAUAUUGCAGUGAUGGGAAUUUUGGAGUUGUUGCCACAUCUAAAUAAGUUCCAAGUCAGACUGAAGCAAACAUUUGAGGCUGCAGUCUCAUUUCGUCCUCAUGUUGUAGUGACAAUUGAUUCCAAGGGAUUUUCUUUUCGUCUCCUAAAGCAGUUAAGGGCUAGAUUUGGCCGACAAGGACCUAGUGCUCCUUUACACUUCCACUAUGUAGCACCAUCUUUCUGGGCCUGGAAAGGUGGUGAAGCAAGACUUAAGGGGCUUUCUGAGUUUGUAGAUCAUGUUUUGUGUAUUCUUCCAUUUGAGGAGAACGUUUGCAAAUCUCAUGGAGUAGCUGCAACCUUUGUGGGUCAUCCCGUGUUGGAAGAUAUGCUAGAGCUGAAUUCGGGAAAGGCUACAACAGAAAAGGGAUGGGAGGUGCAAGGAAAUGCAGAUGUGUUCCGGAGUAAAUACGGAAUUUCUUCAGGGUCGACAAUCCUUAGCUUGCUUCCUGGGAGUAGAAUACAAGAAGUGACUCGUAUGCUACCCAUUUACUUAAAAACCAUGAACCUUCUAAAGGGCUACGUUGAAGACUUGACGACAGUAAUCCAUGUGGCACCUAACCAACAUGUACAAGACUACAUCAAAAGAGCCAUCAAUGAGUGGUCUACGUCUGUGGUAUUGGUUCCAGGAGGAUCACCAUGCACCAAGUAUGAUGCAUUUAGUGCAAGCAGGGUGGCGUUAUGCACAUCAGGGACUGUAGCAAUGGAGUUGCAGCUUGCAAGAUUACCAUGUGUUGUUGCCUACCGAGCCCAUUUCUUGACGGAGUGGGUGAUACGUUAUAAAGCGAAAAUACCCUACAUCUCCCUUCCAAAUAUCCUUCUUGGUUCAUCUGUGAUUCCCGAAGUCCUCUUUCGUGAUUGCACACCCACAAAACUUGCAUCAUUGCUCAGGAAACUAAUGAAUAAUGAAGGGGUUCAGGUGGAACAGAUUGUUGCCGCAGAGAAGGUUAUGGAACUGCUAUCUCCACCACCACGGGCACGACUGGUUGGUUGUAACUUGGAUCACGAGGAAUCAAGCUCCUAUAACACCCCAAGUUUGUUAGCAGCUUGGACCGUGCUAUACCAUCGGGGACGGAAACUUUGACUCGUAUCGUAUGGGAACAUGCAGAGUAAUCGUGAAAAAUUCUGGACCACCGUGUCAAUUUCGAAGCCAGAUUGACUUGUUUUUCUAGCAAAUUUCAUCUUCUCGAAAUGUAAGUGUAGAAAAUUUAGGCCUUAUGUACUAUUUGACAAAGCAAUAAAGAAGUUCAUCGAUA